GUCAAUAAAUCACAUUAAAUAAACAGUGUCAACUUCUAAUUGUUCACUUGAAUCAUAAAUUCAUCCAAUCUAUUCGAUAAUCCCUUUAUCAUCUGUUGACGUAGCCAGCAUAGAUCAGUCGACCUGAAAAUAGUAUUAUUUCUUCGCAAAAUUGUCUUGAAAACUGAUCAGAAUUGGCGCCCAGUUUGAUACGUUUGUUGGUGCUGGAUUUUGAUCGGGUUAUGAUGGGUGAGAACCCUGUUACUGACGAAGUGCAAAAUCCGUAUCGUCUGGCUAGUUUUGCUGCUGUAAUACCAAACGUGGAACAAUUCAAGAUCAUCAAGAAGAAUGAAGAUGAUAUCAAAGAUAAGAGCAAAGAAGAAGAUAACUUGGAAGAAGUAAACGCACCAAAUUAUCCUACCCCUCCAAUUCCAGUGGCAGAAGAAGUUACGGAUUCGCAAGUAUCUUCAGAAGUCGUUUUAAGGUAUCCUCGUCGGACCGAUAACAACAUGGAUAAUAGAACAAGCACGUUACGAUCACAACAUUCACACUCAACAUCAGAUCUGGUAAAAUACAGAUCGCAACCCUUAAAAUACUACCCUAAGGAAUCUAAAAAUGACAAGACAUUAGUUCUUCCUAUAAACAGAUCCAGACCUUUAUCUUCAGUUGCAUCAUACGAUGGUAGUUUUCGAGAGCAUAAUAACAGGCGACCAAUUUCAAGCCACCCAGACGAUUUCAAUCCAUACAAUGAGCUAGUAAGAACGACAUCAAUAAGCAGCGCACUCCGCCAUGGGACAUAUAAUAAUAAUGGUUUUGUAGAAUCUAGUGGUGAUGUUAUUAAUGGUACACUUCGCAAGUCACCAUCUAGCUUUAUUUCGGAAUCACAUCCACCUAGUACACCGUUGGAAAGGAGAAGAAUGUUUGUGGAAACACUAAGUACGAUUGCAAGUAUUAUAUACGCUGUACUCGUUGUAACACUAGGAGUAUCGUUAUACGUAGUAGAUUUUCUUGACAUAGAAUCCCAAGAUAUGCAUCUUUUGGCUGAGGGUCUCAGCCUGUUUGUUUUACUCGUAGCCUUACUCUACCUGCUAUAUCUCACUGUGGAUAUUUCAAUUUAUAUGCGCAAAAAAGGACAGUUCGAAAAACUAACCGAAAAUUUUCCAGAUGAAUCUCUAGAGAUAAAAUCAAGUGAGGAAGGGGUGCAUUACAAUACCGAUCUACAAAAAGCUCUUGCUCUAAAUAAGUAUUUAGAUCAUAGAUAUUGUUUAAAUAAAGAUAGGCAUUCUAGCAAUUUCUACUUAAAAGUUGGAGCUACAGGAUUCUGCUUUGGUCAUCUUAUUCACAGCAUUUUAAUUCUAACAUAUCGUGGCAUAAUACUGAACUCGAAAGAUGACGUUCGUAGUGAAUGUGUAAACAUAGCUACCUACAUAAUCGAAGUGAUGUAUCCAAUAUAUUCGAUAUUGCUGUUGUUCUUUAUAUUCAAAUACUCUAACGUUAUAGUAAACAAAAAUAUAACAGUUCAUAGGUUUGGUUUCAUGCAUUGUCUGGCAGCGAGCUUAUGUUUCUGGAUUUGGACGAUAUUUCGGGAAACAGCAGAGUACAUCGAGUACCAAAGAUCAUACAGUGGCUACGAUAAUAGUACAGAAAGUGCAUCAACUGAGACAUAUUCAUACUACGAAAUUAGUGAAAAUCUCACAGAACUCAGCAAUCUUGCUGUGAUUACACCAAUGAGAUUUACGAGAAUUUGUGACCACGAAGAACUAAACGUUUUGUAUCAAAAUUAUUCGCCAUAUUUAUAUCCUUUUAGUGUUGAGUAUAGCAUUUUGGUCGUUGGGAUUUUGUAUAUUCUCUGGAUGAACAUAGGCCUAUGUUCCCCCUCUAAUCCAACCGACGAAGAAAAUUACCAUGGUGAUGAUCCUAGAGAAUGCAAAAAUUAUAAACCUGUUGAAGCAGAAAGUAAUGUCACUAUUCAUGCCGAUUGUCAUGCUGCCAACAAAGGACUGUUUGGUGGAUUCAUAAUAUUGGUAUUUUCCAUCGUCAGUGUUAUUUUGUUCUUCAUCACUUAUUAUAAUGAAUCAGUAGACAUGGCAGAAAAUGGCAGAAUUAUCAACAAUUCGACAAAGAUUGUAAUAAUAUUUUUGAUGAUAGUCGGUGCAAUAUACGCAUACAGUCAAAUGGCAAAACUAGAUGUAAAUAAAGUUGCUCAUAACAGCAUGGACAAUUUCUUACUUCUUAUGUGCUUACCAGCGUUCUUUGUCCAUGGUAUUUUUAGUAUUAUACCAGCUGUCACUUCUGGAAAUGUUUUAGCUGUUAUAACUAUAGUUUUUGAGAUUGUUCAAAUUUUAAUUCAAACUCCAUUCAUAAUUGACGGAAUGGCAAGGUCGAGCAACACCAAAGAACUGAGAAAACAGAAACCAGGCAGAGAAAUGGUGACGUUCUUGAUUAUUUGCAACAUUGCUAUGUGGCUCAUGCAAACUUUUGAAGUUAAAUCCCAUGGACUGGAUCAAUAUAGACAGGAGUUUUAUACUAAAGAAUUAUGGUCAAUAGUUGGUCAUAUGUGUUUGCCAUUAAUGAUGUUUUACAGAUUUCAUGCUUCAGCAUGCAUAUGUGAUAUAUGGAAAUUUGCAUACAUACCCUCGGGACACUGAGCAUUAUGAAAUCGUUGGUGAUAUUACAUUAAGAUUAUAUCACUUCAUACAAAACAAUAAUUAUGAAUCUAAACAAUGUUUAAAAUAUAUUCAAAAGUA